AUGAACGUUCACAAGCUGUGGGAAUAUAAAGAAUACGUGAAUGUGAACGGUAUGAUGCUGAGCAGCGAACUUAUAUCUUUGUUGCAGAACUCGUUGACAUUACUCCAAGUGGAGAAUCAUUUCCUCCACGUACAAUACUGGGGCCAGUUGUAUGCGAUAGACGCUGACUACCACAUCGCCGUGGGCAUAAACAACGACGCCAUCAACGACAGAAAGUAUUUCUAUACCACCGACUUUAAAUUCUGGGGUCUCCUACCGAAGGCUAAGAAGAAAUACAAACAUCUAUCUCUAUUGGCAACCUAUCCGUUCCGAGGUGAUCCGUCAUUGAAAAUUAAGGUGUUGGAUGAAUCUCUAGAAGAUACAAAUCCCGAUAGAUGUCAGCAAAUGAAAGAGGAAAGCCGACUCGCAGCUACGAUAAGCAAUAUCUGUGAGGAAGCGGAAAUCUGCGCGAGAGGGCAGCUUUUAAAACAACCUGACGGCACGACUGUCAUCAACCCUAACUAUUACGGUCUGACAGCUGCCGAAGCGAAACACCUUAAAUCGUAUCAACACAUCCGUAUUCCUCAACAUCGUUGGAAUUCCAAUCUGCUCACGAGACCAGACUACAACUAUAGCGUGGAUUUUCUGGACUCUGUAGAUCAGGACAUUCCGAAUGGCUGUUGGAAUUUAUCGCUAGAACAGAACGGUAGCGUCGCGUACCUCAAGAGCCUGUACUGGCCCGGCAUGAUGUACUUCCAUAAGAUAAGAACUCCCGAAGUUGGCUUCCUAUACGUAGGGAAUGGACGAAAAAAUCUUGAUGUGCCAUUUUUGCUCUAA